UGGCCAGCCUGUCUUGAAUACAAUGAUUGCCGCUUAGGCUUUGACCCUGCAGAAUGUAUUUUGCAAGUUUCCUUCUCGCAUGCUCAGCUCGACAAUUGGCUAUCUGCCUGGUUGCUAGGCGAUCUCUUUCGUUUUCCUGUGCUCAUAAAAACUCGGCAGCUUUCAUCUGCCCACGUAUUUCCUCCCAUCAGGCUCCCGCAAUCAACGACGUCAUUGACUGUUCCCUUGUCAGAUUCUUCAUGUCGUCCAUUGGACUUAUGUAUCUCGCAAUCAAUGGAAGAAACCCAGCAGAUGUGUCCUCGUAGACAGGUGCUGGCUUCUGCUCUUUUUUUUACUAACCUUUCUACACAGCCCUACAUAUUCUCUGCUGUUUGCUUUUGGCCUCCUCAGAGUGAGGUCUUCGUUGAAGACUCUGCUCUCCACGUUGCCCGUCACCUUAUUGCUGAGUACUCUAACGUCAUUCAACCUAUCCAGAUUUCCGAUGAAGGAGUCGGUAUCACAAAUGCUAAUUUAUCUACUAGAUUAUCCACUUUAUCACCCUUGUUGCCGGCGAUGCUACAUCUGGGUAGCCUGAAUGUGCUGCCAGCACAAUUGUUACUCAGUCUGCAGACGAAUCUUAAGGUCCUCAUUUCCUGUCAUGCCACUGAGAUCUGCUUGGACGCCUUCUAUUUUUCAGCUUCACAAAUGGCAAUGCAUCCACCAUUUGACACAGUAGCUUGUUCUAAUGAUAAUGUUACUUCGUCCUCGGAACUAUUUGGUAUUGAGGAGAAGGUAGAAAAAGCAAAUAAACAGGAUGAAAUGGACGAUAAUUACUCUUAUAUGGCGUUGGACAUGCCAACUUGCAAAGUUUCAACUCUAGAUGGCCUGAUUCUUAUUCCACCAAAGGAACUCUGGCGACUUAUGGGCCAGCAUUAUCUAGCCUCGGCUCUAAUUUCGGCUGGGUGGCGUCUCUUCAUCAGCCUUGAUCUGCUAGGCAACCCGGCUGGUUUUGUGGCAAGCCUGGUUAGGGGCUGGGUAGGUUUAACAAAUGCAAUUAUGACACGAGGUAAGCGGCAAGGUGCCAAGUCAAGUUGCCGAAUUGGAAAAAAAGACAAGAGGGCAUAUAAAAAGCUGUUUGCUGGGGUUGGUAAUACGAACUAUCAAGGUAAAGAGCAGAGCGAACCGUUGAUGCAUAGGACAGGAUUGGAUACUAAAGGCAAUGAUCAAUUUGCUAUUUCUGAGCUGACUACUGCUGCUGCAGCAGAUUUAAUGACUCCAUUCGUUCAAGGUGACUGCAGAACCAGGAAUGGACAAGAAUUUGUUUCAUGGACGACUUCGCAAAAUAGUACUCGAAUUAAGAUUUUAGAAGAUUUUACAGACUCGGAUGCCGAGAUGAGUGAAAAUGAUAUGAGAGCUUUGGAAGACGAGGAAGAUGAGAAUGACGAUUCAAGCCUGAUAGAGGAAUUAAAUGAGCUCGAUUCUGGAGAAUAUCAACAUAUUCCAACCAUCAAGGAUUCGAGCGUACCAAAUAGUCGAGUAUUGGACGAUAUUUUAUAUUCUAAUCUUAAUCUUGAUUCAUCAGGCCCUUCCUCAAAGUCACAGGCUCAGUGGCAAUGGCAGAGGUGGCGUCGAUCAGACAGACAAUACUAUCGAAAUCGAAAUAAACCAACUGACUAUUUGACCCGAGAUACGAACGGACCUGGCCUACUCGGAAGUGUGGCAGAGGGUAUGGUCGCUUUGGUAAAACACACUGCUGGGUAA